AUGGUUGGAAGUGGAACAGAUUUCAAUAUUGUUGGGAAACCAAACUAUUCAUUUAAUGAAAAAGAAGAAGAAGAAAUAGACUUUCAAAAAAUAUUAGAUAAUAAUAGUAAUAUGCUCAAAUUUGGAGGGAAAAUUCACUCGGACAAGUUUGGAUCCAGGUACGACGAAUUUAUUCCGGGAUGGGAAAGAAACCAGUAUACUCAAAUGAAAGUCAUUAAUUCUGCUUUAAUUUAUAAAAGAGAUGUGAAUAUAAAUCCGAUGUACAAUGUUAAUGUUUGUCCAUUUGGUGCUGAUUUCAAUUGCGGUAUUUAUACAAAGUAUAUUUUUAAAACAGAAAAAAAAGAUUAUUAUCUUGGACUAAAUAUUGAAAAAGAUAAAGCUUCCAUUAUUCUCUCUAAUCAAAUCGGAAACCCAUUUGUGAUAUCAAGAAGAUGCGAGGAUGGAGGUAAACUACUAGUAUCACAAACAAACGAUGUUUUAUACGAUGACGACACUUGGGUCAUAAUAAGUGAAGAAAAUGGAAUUCACUUGAAAUUCAGGGACGACGGUACCGGAAUUACUCUUCCAGAAGGACCAUGGAUUGAGGUGGUACAGACACCAACACCACCGGGAGGAACAUGUACAAAAGAGGAACAGAAACAGGUUUGUUCAAACAACGAAGCGGAAAAGGAACAGGAGAAACAGGUACCACAGAAGGAAGAAACGAUUGAACCCCCGCAAAAGGAAGAAGCAAACGAGAAAGUUGCAGAGUCACAAGAACCAAAAAUAGCACAACCGCCAAGAAGAAGAGGGUUCUGGUAA